GAGAGCGCAGAAGACACCCCUUUUAGCCAACAUCUCCCUCUUCGAGCAGCAGCGAGCAGAGGUUUGAUUGCUCGCUUUUUUCUUUCUGUUUUUUUUUUUUUUUUUUUUCGACCGAAGAUGCCGAGGCCGGGGCCGAGGCCGUACGAGUGCGUGAGGCGAGCGUGGCACAGCGACAGGCACCAGCCCAUGAGAGGCUCGCUUAUCCAACAGAUCUUCAAAGUCGUGAAUGAGAUUCAUAGCGCCGCUACGAAGAAAAACAAGGAAUGGCAGGAGAAGCUCCCCGUUGUAGUCUUUAAAGCGGAGGAGAUCAUGUAUUCCAAAGCCAAUUCUGAGGCAGAAUAUGCAGACCCUAAGACACUUUGGGAGCGAUUAAAUGAUGCCAUUAAUACAAUCAUUCGGAGGGAUGAGAGCACUGAAAGUGGAGAUUUUUUGCAGCCUUGUAUUGAAGCCGCUCUUAAUUUGGGUUGCACUCCUAGAAGAGCUUCGCGGAGCCAACGGCACAAUAAUCCAAGGUGUUAUCUAAGUCCUAACACGCAGGAAGCUACUGAAACCUCUCUUUCUCCUAAGAUUUCGAACCACAUGGCGUAUGAAGGGCCAUCGUGUUUACGACCUCCUCAAUCUGGGAAUCCAACUCAAUAUGCCAGUCAAUUUGCACCACAUUACUCGAACCUACCGGCAUCCUUAGCUGUAAAUUCAGCACGUCUGGGUUCUGACUCUGGUAGCACUAUUCUUCGGGACAAACCCAUUCAUCACGAACAGCUGAAUUCGCUACCCAUGUCUUGCUCUGAGCUUCCUCUGUCUGAUAAGUGCACUCUCCCUCCCCAAGGUAAACCAUCGUUUCCAGUGGAUACUCGUCCCUCACCAAGUUCAGGCCACAUGCAUCCUUUGUAUUACAUCAGCAACCAGCAGACUAUGGAACCUAUGUUCAUGUUUCAAUAUCCCCGAGAUUGGAACCGAGAUGCAUUUAUUGUUGGCACUCAGGCACAACCCAUUGUGGAGCCCAAAACGGGUUUAUUGCUGAAUCUCCUUGGCCACGACAAUGCUCGAGAUUCUCUGAACACGACCGCUCGGGCAUCUUCAGAUUUUGGGGUCACAUCUGAGAACCGACAUGAUAUGGGACAUGACCUAUCAUUGCGCCUGGCGCCAUCUCCAGCUCUGGAAAAUAGUAAGACUCUUGAAGACCUGGGAUCCAUUAGUCCCCAUGAUAGGAGCAGGUUCUGUGAUCCAUCUCUAAGUAAAAUGAGGACCAGCCACUUUGAUUGCCUGUCCUCAUCUCCUCAAAGAGAUAAAGAGUUGCGUUUCUUCCCUAUGGACACCACGAAUGAUCCUGCAGAGAGCUGUUCUACUAAAUGGAGCUCCGAGGGGGAAGGCCUGCAACUUGAGGCCGCCAUGAAGAAGCGCAAGGCACCCAUUGGUAAUUCUGUUGAAGAUGGGCAGUUUUGCUGGCAAUUGAAGCCUUCGGCAAACCCAUUUUUUAGUAGUACAAAGGGACCACGUUCUUAGAAAGCACCCACUAACAUGUUUUUUUUGAAUCUUCAUACGACUCUUUCAAAGAAAUUUUCAUCUUCAAAGCUUUGCAACCUUCGUUGUAUUAGUGUUUCACAUUUUCAAAGUGCGAGUAGCUGUUCAACCCCUGAGUUGAAAUGGAUCCAGUUUUCUUGCCACAAGUAGCUGUGGCUACCGUUUAUUGGUAGUUCUUUGUAACAUAUAUAGAGACAUCUGGACCUCUGAAUAGCUUAGGAUACAUUUGAUCCAUUGAUAUAAAUGGUAAAUACUGAUUGGUUAUUGAUUUA